AUGUGGAGAGAGACUAGUGAUUUGAGAACUGCUCAGAUAAAGAAUUUGAUGAGCCAACUAGGAACUAAGCAGGACUCAAGCAAGCUACAGGAAAAUCUGCAACAGUUACAGCACUCUACAAAUCAGCUCGCCAAGGAAACAAAUGAAUUACUGAAGGAAUUAGGGUCCUUGCCUCUUCCCUUAUCUGCUUCAGAACAGCGCCAGCAAAAACUUCAGAAAGAACGCCUCAUGAAUGACUUCUCUGCAGCCUUAAACAACUUCCAGGCUGUUCAGAGAAGGGUAUCUGAAAAGGAAAAGGAGAGCAUUGCCAGAGCAAGAGCUGGAUCUCGUCUCUCGGCGGAGGAGAGGCAAAGAGAGGAGCAGCUCGUCUCAUUUGAUGGCCAUGAGGAGUGGAACCAGAUGCAGAGCCAGGAGGAUGAGGUGGCCAUCACCGAACAGGAUCUGGAACUUAUUAAAGAGAGAGAAACAGCAAUUCGGCAGCUGGAGGUAAGAGCCAGGUCGUGUUUUUUGUUUGACUCCAUGUAUCUGCACUCCAGUCCACCUGCAUUUUCUCUCAGCGAUUAUGAAAAAGCAUGAAAUGAGUCCUAAUGU